AUGCUCACUUUCUCCCUGACUGUUGCUCCUUCUUAUCCUCCGGCCAUCUCACGAGCUAUUCUUUGCCCCGUGUACCUUCGCUCUUCGGCAGGACACUUCGUCCUUAGAGAAGAUAAGAAAGCUUUUAGCCGUCCUGUGCCCAGGAUCUGUCCAUGCCGAACGCCACUAAUGGUAGCACGCCUAACAGACAAAGCUCCCUACACACAACUUUCCUACCGCCCCAGUAUGACAUUCUGUUUUCCACUCCUGUUACCAGCCAGCCUACCGGAGAGGUGGGGGCUGCCAAAAUGUUACGCCGCAAAGUUACGUAAUGGCCCGGUUUCAGAAGAGUUGCAACACCCAGAAUUCCACGGCGUUCCCAUUCCAGCCAACCUUUUGACUUCUGUUACGCUCCAGGCAGUUACAGAUGUUAAACGUUUGUGA